AUGGUCAUAAUUCGCCGCUGUCAAAGCGGGAAUGUGGAAAUCUCGUUUGUUGAUUCCAAGUGAUUGUACCUGAUUUAUUCGCGGCCUUAUAAAUUAAUUUCGCCGAACAGAAUGCCGCCGAGUAGCCUUCGAGUCGUGUACGCGUUCGCCAGGGAGAUGCAUCCAAAAACCACGGACGUAUUCAUUCAAUACGGCACGGCCGGAUUCCGUACCAAAGCCAGUCUUUUGGAGCAUGUGGUCUACCGCAUGGGUCUGCUCGCGGUACUCCGCUCGCGUUGCAAAAAUGGUCGCACGAUAGGCAUCAUGAUAACAGCCUCGCACAACCUGGAGCCAGACAACGGCGUGAAGCUCAUCGACCCCGACGGAGAGAUGCUGGAGCAGAGCUGGGAGGAGAUCGCCACCAGACUCGCUAAUGUCAGUGACAAUGACUUAGAAUCAACGACGGGCGAGAUCAUCAAGCAAGUCAACUCGGACAUGUCGCUUAAAGCCAGUGUCUUCAUUGGAAUGGACACAAGGUACACAAGUCCACGCUUAGCAGCGGCGGCAGUCCACGGCGUAAUAGCUUUGAAGGGCACUCCUAAAGAAUUCGGCAUUGUUACCACACCAAUACUACACUUCUGUGUCAAGUGUCGAAACGACAACACGUAUGGGACACCUACUGAAGAAGGUUACUACGAAAAAAUCGUCGGUGCAUUUAAGAACAUUCGUCAAAAGCUGCCUGUAUAUGGCGCUUACAAUACUACACUACAUGUCGACGGAGCCAAUGGCGUUGGCGGGAAGAAGCUGAACAUCAUCAGGAAGAGCUUGGACGGAGAGCUUGACUUAGUGCUGUUCAACCUUGGGGGAAAUGGAGGGAAGUUGAACUUGAAUUGUGGCGCGGAUUUCGUCAAAGUGUCCCAGAAGCCACCAGUGGGUAUGGAGCUGGUGCCUCUCCAGCGGGUAGCUUCGCUAGACGGCGAUGGCGACCGACUCGUCUACUUCUAUAUGGGCGAAGACUGUAAAACCAUGCACCUUCUAGACGGUGACCGCAUAGCGACUCUGUUGGCGAGCUUCAUAAUGGAUCAGUUAAAAGCAUGCAACGCAAAGGAUCUCAGAGUGGGACUGAUACAGACCGCAUAUGCUAACGGUGCAUCUACGCGAUACAUUACUGAAGAUCUGAAAAUCCCAGUGACGUGUGUAAAGACGGGCGUCAAGCAUCUACAUCACGCGGCGUUAUCAUACGAUAUUGGGGUGUACUUCGAAGCGAAUGGACAUGGUACAGUAGUAUAUAGCAAUGAAGCUAAAAAUACUAUCAGGAAGAUCGCUCAGGAUGGUGAUGCAGAAGAGCGCAAAGCUGCAGACCUGUUACUCAACUUCAUUGAUAUGACAAAUGAAACUGUUGGAGAUGCUAUAUCAGACCUAUUCCUAGUUGAAACAGUUCUUUGCGCCCGAGGACACAAUGCGCAGGAGUGGAUGAGUGUUUAUACUGACUUGCCGUGUCGACAACUGAAGGUCACUGUGGAGGACCGCAACGCGAUAUCGACCGCUGACGCCGAGCGUCAGUGCACAUCCCCAGAUGGGUUACAGGACAGAAUAAACGAGCUGGUCUCUAAAUAUACCAGUGGGAGAGCGUUCGUCCGUCCGUCCGGUACCGAAGACGUUGUUAGAGUUUACGCCGAAGCCGCCACACAGCAAUCUGCAGACAAGUUAGCAGCGGAGGUGUCUCAAGCAGUUUUCGACCUGGCGGGAGGCGUUGGCGACAGACCGACAUUACCAGAAUAAAUUAUAUAUUAGUAUCAUAGUCACAUUUAUAUAGGGAGGCCAUAUCUAAGGUUCAAAACCUUUACCAAAAAUAAGUACGAUUUCAUUCGAAAAAACCGAUUUGAUACUUAGCUCGGUUUUUGACGACGGCCUUGGUGCAAUGGUAAGCGCUGUGGUCUUAUAAGUUGGAGGUCCCGGGUUCGAUCCCCGGGAGGGGUAAUUUGGGCACUUACGGCCGUAUUCACAAUCAUUACUUAAGGUCUCACAGUGCGCUCGAACGCAUAGUGUAGGUUCCACCAAUCAGAUCAUUGUAAAAUUACGUGAUACAGUCGUCUGAUUGGUGGAGCCUACACUAUGCGUUCAAGCGCACUGUG